CCAUUUUGUUAGAGGUGUUGACAUUCAACCAUCGAGUUCAACGAAGUAACAUUAGUUGAUAUGGGCUGCAGUAUAUUCCUAAUAUCAACUGAAACUUGGUUUGUUUAAGGUCUUCGGUAAAACAAUAUUAAGCAGCGUUUGUACCCUAAUUUCUACAAGACAUCCUAUAUCAAACGUUAGAACUAUUGCUUUUCUCAUAUUUGCGUCGAAUUUUCGGACGAGCUAACAGUAGCUAAUUCGUUAGCUCUGGCCAAAUGGCGGCGAAGUCGGCACAGCAAGCCCCUACAUCGAAUUGGCCGUAUGGUAGUAAUUCAGGUGGAGAGGGCCCAGUCCAUGAGAACCCGGAAUGGGAAAAAGCCCGACAGGCUCUAGCCUCCAUUACUAAAAGUCAGAACUCAACCAAGACUUCUCCAACCAAUCGCACCACCCAACAGGUUGGACAGUAUCAGGCAACAGUUACAGACUCCUCUACAAUGCAGCAGCAGCAGCAGUAUUAUCAGCAGUGGUAUCAACAGAACCAACAGCAGUAUGCUGGUUACCCAUAUCCCUAUAACUACUACUACCCCAUGCCUCCGUAUGGAGGAUCAUAUCCUUCAGGACAGUAUGGUGUUCCAGGGGGCUACCAGACACCUACUACGCCCACUGGACAGACCCCUGCCAUGCCUAUGGCAGAAGAUCAGUCCUCCAGCUAUCCCUCGCAGCCCCCUCCUCCUGCAACCCCUCAACCUCCCCCUCAGAGUCCUACAUCCACUGACCAGCCCCCACCCCCUCCUCCUCCUCCCAUACCUCCUCCACCCAAUGCCCAGUACCCUCUUCCAUCAUCCCAGACCCCCUACAGCCCCAAUGGUACCCUGCCAUACAGCCCUACGGAUUCUAACCCCAUGAUGCGGGGUUACAAUCCUGGGCAGAUUCGGCCAGGGUACCAGGGUUACCCAGCACCUGCAUAUCAGCCCCCUCAGCAGCAGGCUCCAGGACAAGGCCCAUAUGGAGGUGCAGGCAUGGUGGAUUCUAAGAAGCCUAUCAAUAGCAAUAUGAACAAAGGUGGACAGCAGCUGUGGCAGCGCAUGAAACAGGCUCCUGGAACAGGUGCUGUAAAAUUUAACAUACAAAAACGCCCGUACGUCAUGUCAAGUCAAAACUUCCCUUCAGCUGAACAGGCCCCUGGAUUGGGAUCCCUUAAUGUGACAAACCAAUCUCCUGGGUCUGCUGUGGCAACAUCUUCAACUUCAGCUGGAUGUUCCCAAACUCGGCCUCAGGACUGGCCACAGGCCAUGAAAGAGUAUGUACAGCGUUGCUUCACAGCCUGUGAAUCUGAAGAGGAUAAGGAUCGUACAGAAAAGGUACUGAAAGACCUUCUGCAGUCCAGACUACAGGAUGGCUCAGCUUAUACCAUCGAUUGGACCAGAGAACCGCUGCCAGACCUGAAGCAAAAGCAAUCUCGCUGGGAGGUGGUUCCUCAACGCUCUCAGGAGAAUGCUAUUGGGAGAGGUGGGGCCACCCGUGGCAGGGCAGGGGCCAGGCUGGGUAACUACAGAAAUGUAUUUUCUCAAAGAAGCCCCUCCUCCAGCUCGUCCCACUCCUCAUCGCGAUCCCCAUCCCCUCACAACCGACACAGGGACAGGAAUAGACAUCACCGGAGUGAUUCUGGCUCCCAAUCAGAUAGCAGCAUGUCAAGUGAUCCUCGCCUCCCGUUGUCCCGGCGGCAACAAAAAGGUGGUCGAGGCCGUGGGGCAGAAAGGGAGCGAGGCAGAGGAGGUGUGGGAGAAAGAGGCAGAGGAAGAGGCAAAGCGAACCGAGGACGGAGGAAUAUGGAAGACCUAACGAGUGGAAUUGGUAAAAAGCGGAAAGGUGGUAACGCAGGCCUUGACUUUCAUGACCCGAAUCGUGAAGCAAAGAAGCAGAGCCGAGCAGCACGCUUCCACACUAAAUUACGCACUGAGCCCCUGGUGUUAAACAUCAAUGCGUUUGACCUCCCCAAUGGCUCACAGGAGGGGCUGAGUUGGGAUGAAUGCCCCAUAGUCGGCACCUGCCAGGACAUCACCAAAAUCUACCUGCGCCUCACAUGUGCUCCUGACCCUGCAACUGUCAGACCUGUACCUGUGUUGCGAAAGUCCCUGAUUGCGGUGAAAACUCAUUGGAAGACCAAUCAGGAUUAUGUGUAUGCAUGUGAACAAAUGAAGUCAAUACGACAAGAUCUCACUCCCUUGUUCUCCUCUCUCCUCCUGCACUCCUUUAUUACCAAAUUCUUUCUCUUCUUGCAGUCAUGCACAAUCGGAGCAAAGCAAAAGAUGAAAAGAUGAGGGCAAAACUAAUCCAGAGGCACACUGGAAAAUGGCCGUUGAGACGCCCUGACAUCAGCCAAUUAAUGCAUUUGUCAUUCUAACGAGAGCUUGCUUUCAAUUUGCAAUGUUUUUCUUUCUUUUUUAUGCCAAUAUACAAAUUUCUACAAAAUGACAAAACACCUUGUCAGUCUAAAGAUGAUGUAUGGAUUGUAUUUCAGGAUUGGCUCAUCAUAGUGUUUGGUAGAAUUGCUGCUGUAUGUUCAGGUGUGUCUUUUGUCUAUUCUUAACAUUGCUUUUUCUUCUUUCUUUUUUUUUUUUUCAUUUCCUAACUAUAUUUUUUUAGUGUUUACUGAUUUAAUUUUUUAUAUUUUUCUUUUGCAAUUUUUCUUUUGCAAUUUUUUUUUAUUUUUUUUUUAUGGUUCUUUACUGACAUUUUGUGUUUUGGUUGUGGGCUGAACAUGUUUCUGAUGUUUAAUAUAAACUGUAGAAUUGCAUACUGCACAUGCCUGGACAUACAGAUAGAUAGACAUUUUAUACCCUUAUGUAAACUUUAUAUAUCUAACCAACAGGUUAUAGAAACCCUUAGUUAAUGUCCUCAGGUCUUUAAAGUUCACUGCAGUUUCUAAUGAUAAUGGUUAUUGUCUGCCCAUAAUGAAUAGUAUUUACAGAUUUUCCAAAGCAAUGUUAAUCUCAAUUGAUACCACCUUUUUUGUUUUCCUCGUGAAAUGUGUUUUUAGCCCUUGCUGUUGUAGUUGUGUAAUAUUUUCACAGCAGUAUUACUAACGGUGUCAUCCCUCUCUUCAGAUGUUGCCUGUCCUCUUCUUAAAACAUCCACUUUCUUUAACUUCUUUCCUCUGCAUCAGAUCUUUUUUUUUUUUAGUUCAUAACGUUUGUUGUACUUCGAUUUGCCUCUGUAAGUGUUCUUACAUUUUCAACUUAAUCCAUUGACCUUUUGCCUCGUCUCAUCUUUAUUUUUUUCUGUCAUUGAUAUUCUUUCUGCAUGUUCUUCUGUCUUCCUCCUCUUUCCUCUGUAUUGUGUAUUAUAAUGCUAUGUUGCGAUUGGUUUAUAUUUGGUCAGUGCUUGGCAGUAAGUAUUUCGACAAAACUGCUUGUCUGUUUCUUCUUUUACAGCUCCACCUCUCAAUGCCCUAAUGUGUCUGCCCUGAAAGAAAAUACUGCCAUUUGUAGAUACUGAUCUGUACAUUAUGUACAUAAUCUUGUGAGAAAAAAUAAAGAAAUAUAAAGAA